CUCUUUUAACACUACUGUCUAACACUAGUGUCCCUUGUCUGAGAGUUGUAGAGUGUCGUUCGAAGUAAACAUGAAUACUUUGAGUUUCAGAGACUGUCAGGCUUGGAAGGCUGAGGGUCUUCCAUUGUCCACCAGCAGUAAUGAAGCUUGCAAACUCUAUGAUGCUAGUCUCACUCAGUUUGUGACAUGGCGCAACUUCGAAAGCAUUGGAGGAUUAGAGGGAUGCUUUUCUGCUAUGGAGAUGGCUGAUCCUUAUUUUGUGAUGGGGCAUGUGAUGAGAACAGGUGUGGAGCUGGUGGGAACAACCACAUCCCCCCGCCUGAACCAACACCUGGCCAGCGCUGUGAGGUAUACCGUGGAGCUGGCCAAAAGUCAGUACAUCACGCAGCGAGAGAGACUCCACGUCAAGGCCAUGGAGUUAUUCGCGCAAGGGAAUAUUCCCAAGGCGUCUUGUGUUUGGGAAGAAAUCCUGGUUGAUUAUCCCACAGACUUGCUUGCCCUCAUAUUUGCCAAUAGCGGCUACUAUUUCAUGGGAGCCUUUACCCAGAUGAGGGACUCAAUUGCUCGAGUGCUGCCUCACUGGAAGCCACAUAUGCCUUUGUCCAGCUACCUGAAAGGAAUGUAUGCCUUUGGUCUGCUGGAGACUCAAUUCUAUGACCAGUCCGAGAAAUGGGCAAUGGAGAGCCUUGCUGUGGUUCCAGGUGAUGCAUGGUCCAUCCAUUCUAUAGCUCAUAUCUAUGACAUGAAAGUGGAGGUGGACAAGGGCUUGAAGUUCCUGGAGAGCAGAGAGAAAGACUGGCAGGUAUGUGAUAUGCUGGCCGGUCACAACUACUGUCACUGGUCGCUGUUCUUCAUCGAGAAGGGGCAAUAUGAGUCUGCACUGCAAAUGUAUGAUACUGAGAUUUUCAGACGUUUCAAAGUCACAGGAUCCAUGUUGGAAAUGUCCGACGCCAGCUCUGUGCUCAGCAGAUUGGAAAUGGAGGGUGUGUCUGUGAAGGACCGCUGGCGGGAGCUGCUCCAGAUAACACUGCCGCACACCGAUGAUCACGUGAGCAUAUUUAAUGACCUCCACUUCCUCAUGGUGUCCCUGGGAGCCCAGGAGGAUGUUGUUUCUCAGCGCCUACUGGAAGGCCUCCAGGAACUGGCUAAGGCGCCAUGUGGCAAUUACAACCAUGAGCUGGCAGGAUCUGUAGGCAUGCCCUUGUGUCAGGCCUUGGUGGAAUAUCAGGGAGGAAAUUACGGUCGAACUGUGGAGUUAAUGUACCCCAUACGCUAUCGUUUAGUGGAGUUGGGCGGCAGCAGUGCGCAGAGAGACGUCUUCAAUCAACUACUUAUUCAUGCAGCCUUGAAAUCGGGGAAUAAGCGUCACCAGAAACUUGGAAGAUGUCUUCUGGUGGAGCGUGAAGCCAUGAGGCCAAACUCCCCUCUGACUAAUCGUCUGAAGCAGAGAGCCAUGGCUCUUCACGACUAGACUGAUUGCAAGGUGCACCAAGCACCGCCCUUAUUGAUGCUCCGGUGUGUGGUGUUGAGGCACCCUUGGACCAACUAGUGUUGUAAUAUGGCAUUUUUCAGAUGCUAAAACAUGCAUCAAGCCUGAAAAGUAUGCUAGAUAAACACCUAUACUGUGAUGUUUUUUCUGCAUGCUAAAUGUAUUUUCAUUAAAAGGAAGCAUU